GUUCCACUUCACUCCUCUUGCUUCUUUCGGUGUGUCUACAAUCUUUCAGCCAAAGGAACAAGUCUAUUUUUAAACAGAUUUUUUAGAGGCAGGAUCCCUCUGUCCAAAAAGAGCAUACGGAUGGAUCUAUCAAAUUCACUACUCAAAGAUUCUUGGCGAUUGGACUUGGUGGGGAGCUAAUUGAUAUAAAACUGUUUAAGAAGUGAAGUGGAAGUGGAACAAGAGCAAAGGAGCUUUAUCGAACCAGUAGCUUUCAUUUGGCUUAAAACAUGUGUGCCUCAGGAAAAAAUGAAAGGGCUUGAUCCCGUUCAAGUGUUCGGGAGGAAAGAGGAGAUACAGUCUCGCGGGAUUGUUUAUUUAAAAUCAAACAUUUACAACGAAGAAAAUGCUUCUUGAUCUCGAGGAACGCAGCCGACGCCAGACUCGCAGACUUUGAAGACGACUCAGCGCCAAUUUUGGCCCAUUCAAGUGCCUGAUUUCAAACUAUAAUGUCUCUAAAACAAAGUGUCGUCAAUAGACCACACGAUUUGCAUGUAGCUUGUCCGUAAUGGACCUCGCUCAAGCGGCAAAUACGUUCGUGUUCCCCGAAAUUACGCUCCAGAUUCGAGUUCCCACAAGUUUCGACAAACCGAUCCGAUAAGCAAGAAAGAUAAUGCCUCAGGACAAGAAGGCCAAAGUUCAACAAAGCGGACCAACCAAAGCAGCCAUGAUGAGUGCUGCCGAGGCAUCCACUUUACCCCCUGCUGUCCGGGUCCGAUUAUACGAACUCUUUGUUCAGAUAGAAAGGGAAUUUGAGAUCCUGUAUGCAGAAAAUGUGGGCCUUCAAGAAAAGAUUGAUCGCCUACCCCGCCAACAAGCCCAUACCGUGUCCAAUCUUAGCGCCUUCAAUGCCAAUCACGCAAGCGCUGGAGGGAUUGGUGGAUCUGAACUAGUUGAAGCAGAUGCCUUGUCUGGCAACAUCAAAUUCCAGACAGUGGCAGCAGGUCAUCCGACAAUGGCAGGUUCAAAGACAUUGUACGCUCACAAGAUCAGGUCACACACAAACAAGCUUCGCGCUCAAACCAACCGAAUCAUGUCCAACUUGAAAGGACAAGCCUUGAACUGCUCCUUAGUAAGGCGAUAUACCGGACACAAAGACGGCAUUUGGGAGGUUUCUGUGUCCCGAAUGGGUCUACCUAUUCUGGGCACUGCAAGCGCCGACCACACCGCCAUGAUAUGGGGCAUGCAUUCCGGUCAGCCUCUCCUUCAAUACACAGGCCACACUGGAUCCGUCAAUUCAUUACGUUUCCAUCCGAACAAAGAAUUAGUCAUUACAGCAAGUGGAGACGGAAGCGUUCACAUCUGGCAAUGUGCAGUCCACUUAUACAACGAAUCGUCUUCUGGGCGAGUGGCCUCAUCUGAGGACGAACUGGACCCCGGGGAGAAAGAGUUUCUAGGAGGCUGUAGUAGCGGAUUGGAAGAUGACGGCCAAUUCUCCGUCCUAAGGACACCACUUCGAUCACUGAAUGGCCACAGCGGCGUAGCAAUAGCCGCAGAUUGGCUCCCGGGCGGAGAACAAGCAGUCACCGCCGGCUGGGACAAACUUGCGUGCAUUUGGGACACCCAAACAGGAGAAUUGCUCCAACAACUGUCAGGGCAUGAUGAGGAGUUGACACAUGCUGCCACUCAUCCCUCCUCACGCCUCGUGGUUACCUCGUCCAAAGACUGUACUUUUAGACUUUGGGACUUCAGAGAAUCGAUCCAUUCUGUAUCCGUCUUCCAAGGACAUCAGGACACGGUCACCUCUGCCGUGUUCACACACGAGGCCAAUCAAGUAGUCUCUGGCUCUGAUGACCGAUCUGCACGAAUUUGGGAUCUUCGAAACAUGAGGACACCAGUGGCCAUGAUUCAGUCUGAUUCUAGCGUGAAUCGAAUCUCCGUCUCACAAUCAGGUCUCAUCGCGAUCCCCUUUGACAAUCGCAAUGUACGGAUUUACGACUUGAAUGGAAAUCGGAUCGCUCGAUUGCCUCGCAGCUCCCGCCAGGGUCACUCUCGAAUGGCCUGUUGCACAGCUUGGUCAGAGGAGACGAAAAAGCCAAAUCUAUUCACAUGCGGUUUCGACAGAGUGGUUCUUGGAUGGAGUGUCAAGCCUCGGGAGGUGAAGGACGAUGCAUCACACAAGUUGAACCUUAGUCUCAAGGGGAAUCGAGAGCCGGGAUCAAAUAAAGAGUCCCAUUUGGGAAAGGAGAACCAUCCUCAAUCCAAACACUAGCCUAAGAGUGGAAUGUGAAACGCAUUCCCAAUGAACUGCGGCAGUCUCAAGUCUCACAAGAAGAGCGAGAAACCUUCUAUUCAUGUUGAAUGCCAUCACCUCGUCAAUAUCGAGUUCAAUGAAACGGCUCCUCGUGGCAAGAUCUUGGUGCUAAUAAAGGUCAUUCCAGCUCAGCGGAACUGUCCAAGGAAUUGUACUAUCCACUUUUUUUUCGUCAUGAAUCCCUCUCUACAUUCCUCACAUCACUUUCAACGAGUAUCUUCAGAAAACUCUUUGUUCUACCGUCAUGCAUAUUUUUGUCUCGAAAUCAGCUCCUACACUACAUUCGUUUUAUCAACAGGUAAAAAUAUACUUAUAGUCCAGAUGAA